AUCUACAUGCGUGUCAAAAUAGUUAAGGCGUUCGCUUUUGUAUAAAACGCAUUUCGAGAAUUAAGUUAUUUCUGUACUUUUAACCUUGAGGAUGAAGUAUAUUAAAAUUAUUUUCAUAUAUGCCAUUUAUUUGGCGGUAAAAUUUACACCAGGCUAUACAUAUAUAGCCUGCAGCGGCUCUUUGGGUGUUAACAACCCACUGUCGGUGACGGAUGCUCAACUAUCGUCGUCGUCGGCGAGGGACGAGUUCACAGGAGCGGAACGGGGCCGCCUCAACUUGUCGGCGAACGGAAGCUAUGCGGGCGGUUGGGCUGCAGGAAACGGGGAUUCCGAGCACUACAUUCAAGUGAACCUUCUUGCGCCUUAUGACGUCACGGGCGUGGUGACGCAGGGUCGCGCGGACAGACAGGAGUGGACGGCAACGUUCGAAAUCCUGUACAGCACGGACGGUAUCCACUUCCUACCAGUACCGGACACUGCGCGUGGCGGUGGGGCGAGGAGGUUCGACGGAAAUGCCGACCAGGACACACUUGUCACCAACCUUUUCCCAUCUGUUACUGCUAAAUGGAUAAGAAUUCACCCGGUGGCAUGGAUGGGGUCUAUUGCUCUGCGUUUCGACGUGUUAGGUUGCCAUGCAAACACAGUCUUUACACAGGUGCAAACAACCUCAUCUUUUAGUCAACCAACGAGUGCCAAUCAUCAAACAACUAUGGAUAAGCCAACACUUAACACUAAAUACCUGACUGAUGAUCAGCCAACAACUGCCACUAUUAACCCGACUGAUAAUCUAUCAACAACUGCCACUAUUAACCCGACUGAUAAUCUAUCAACAACUGCCACUAUAUACUCGACUGAUGAUCAGUCAACAACUGCCAACAUCUACAUAAUUGAAGACCAUUCAACAACUUCUAGCAUAUUCCCGUACAUAUCUAGAGCUGCAUUCGAAGCGCGGGACCCACUUACCACAACUUGGCAACCAUCGCAACGGGGAACCGCGCUUCUGCCUUCACAGACGAGCAUUGACACCUGGGCCCUCGCCAAGCUGCAGUUUGCACUUGCAACUUCCGGUGUAUCAGUUCUGGGGCUAAUUUUACUUAUAAUGACGAUCGCUUUCUGCAAGCAGUAUCGUAAGACUAAAGUUUCUGCACAGAGAGAGAGAGCUGUUAAACAUCGGAAUCAUAUGUCAUUUUGAGCAGGCUUGGAACCGAACGACGGCGCCAUUGUUAUUUUUUAUUAUUAUUAUUUCGUUUGCCUAACAAAAAUAUGUUUGUUUGUCACACAAAAGAUGAAAGCUUAUUCGCAAUAUUACUUUAAUAUUGGUAUGUAUAACCUCGGCAGUCGCAGUAGUAUCGGACUUAAAAAUCAUCACACUCUAUUCGGAAAUGGUGCAUACCAUCGCAAAUUAAACCAAGUUCUAAUGAGCAUUCCAAACCAAUCAAGCCAGUUGAAUACCAUUCAAUGUUACGCAUUCUAUACGUGAUACGUUGCCAUAGGGAUAAACAUGCUUUUCUGUGCCUGCGUCAUGAACUCGUGUUGAUCUUCAGGUCGAUGGUCAUCGUUUAUCCACGAGAAAAAUUUGCCUGUAUGCUAUAGUCUGGUUGAGUCAUGGGUAAUUUUCAUGAAGUUGUUAGAUCACAAAUAUUUUAUAAAUAUAUGACCAUGAAUCAUUAUGAAAAUAAUAAUUAACCUUUCUUCUUU